AGUCGGUCUUGUCACAUGACCACGGAAGGAAGCGAAAUCUGUUGUUACUGCCGUUACCAGAAUAUGGCCGAGAAGAUGGGUGCAACCGGUGAAACGAGAAGUAUAAAUGAUGAGAUCCUGAGCACUGGUGAAAUACUACUUCAAAAUUUUAUCCAUGAUCGUGUGUCUCGUGAAGUAGCACUUACAGGAUCGUAUGGUGAUCUGAGUUUUCCACAACUGGUUGACCCAACCCAGAAACAGCUUGCAGACUGUCUAAGAAAAAUUGGUGACGAGUUGGAUGGCAACAUGGAACUUCAGCAAAUGAUCAACAGCUCAGCUCUUCAACCAAACAAAGAGGUGUUCUUCCAGGUUGCAGCUCAAAUGUUCAGUGAUGGUAAAUUAAACUGGGGACGCAUAGUUGCAUUGUUCUAUUUUGCCUGCAAGUUGGUGAUGAAGGCUUUAGUGACAAAAUUUCCGGAAAUGAUGCGGACAAUCAUCACCUGGACCAUUGACUACCUCCGUGAGCAUUUGCUGAAUUGGAUCAGGGAUCAGGGUGGUUGGGAGGGAAUACGAUCAUAUUUUGGUACACCUACCUGGCAGACAGUAGGUGUUUUCUUAGCUGGAGUGCUUACCACAGUACUUGUCAUUCAUAAAAUGUCAUGAAGAUGGAAAACCUAAAGGAGUGAGGGGAAAGCUGCAUUUAGUUCUAUUGGUGAUUACCAGCAACAAACAAAACAGCUGAAUUUGCUUGUCAGUUACGAGAAAGUUAGAAGUCGGCUAAUUUUAACAGAUUCCACUAAUCCUGGUUAUGUUAUUUUUUUUCAACAACCUUUACUCCUCCCUCUCUAUUCCUCUAAAUCUUUAAAUUCCUUUAAUCGGUGGAUGUCAUGGAUACAGUUGGACUGCAUGUCAUAAUGAAGACCUCAUAAUAUCUAAGAAACUUUCAUAAAAACAAACUUUUGUAAAAGAUUUGAGUCAUUGGUUUGGUGCCACAUUUUACAAAGUUUUUUUGUUUACAAUUUCAGUUGGGUGGGCUUUAUUUUCAGUGCAGGUAAAUCUUGAAGAAAAACAUGUGAAGAAGACUUUUCAAACAGUGCAUUGCCGCAGAUUGUGGCUGUGCCUUAUUGCCUAUUGCCUGUCUUGUCCAUGGAACAAUGCACCCCCCAAAAAUAUGUAUUUUACAUUAAAUUUGCAUUGUAAAAUACUGUUUUUUAAUUUUUCUGUGCUAUUUCACAUAUUCUGGCACACCUGCAUGGAAUACUUGGUGAAUUCAUAAAGGCUAUCUGGGACAACUUUUAAAAGAGACUUGUUUCUGCCUUAAAAUAAUCAAAUUGGAGACAUUUGUAUACAGUUUAUUAAAACAUAAAUUAAAGCAAUACUUCACAUAUUUGUUAUAAAAGUUGCAUUUCUAGUGUAUUAUAUGUAUUAUAAUUGUUUAUACUAUGCACUUUUAAAAUACUUAGGCAAGGGAAGAUUUUUCAGGUUGUUUGAUUUACAUAUAUGUUAUUGGCAUGGAUGCUAUUAGUUCUUAACACCGGCAGCCUCAAAAAAAGAAAGAGCAUAAUUUGAAUAGCCAAGUAAAGUACUUUGAAUAUAUGUUUUUGUCACUGAUUUUAACGUAUAUAUUUUACUUUUGAUAAAUAGAACCAUGUUUCGGGAAUGUUGGGGACAUUUAAAUGAUAUAUGAAAUUGACCAUAAGAGCAGACAUGUAGUAAGAUUUUAGAAAAAUUUUAAUUUGCUGACUAACUAAAGUUAGUAAAGCACUGAAAUAUAUUAGUUUUAAAUUAAAAUAUUUAAAUAAACACAAAUUACAACACUGUUUGCCCCCUGCUUGAUUAAGGUACAUCAUAAGUCCUGUUAAAAUAUAGUAAAUUAACAGAAAUAGAAUCAGAAGUAGUGUGAUUAAUGCAGUGGUUUUCAUGCUUGGUUUUGUGUAUUUUUAGCAUCUGCAGGUUUACAUUACAAAGACUCUUGUUUAAUUAGGUUUCAGGUAUUGAUGUUUUUAUAUCCAUUUGUGUAUUAAAAAUUAAAUGUAAGGGGAAAGCUUGAAAAUGUUUCCUUUUAUUGUAUUUGAUAUUUUGUAUUUAAUUUGCAACUUGCAUGUUAAUGUUUUACAUUUGUAUCUAUUUACUUUAAGCAGGUAGUCUAAAUAUAUAUUGCUGUAAGUGGUAAUGGUUUAACUGCUUUUCUUCACAUUGUUGCUGUUUGCACCUUUAACUCUUGGUUUUUUAAGAGCUAUGAAAUCUUAAAAGGCACAGAAUACUAAUGUGUACACUAAAAUUAAAAACCCUUACUCAGUGAGACAUAAUGAUACGUAGGAGAAAAAACAAACAGGUUUUUAGAACACAUUUCUAUUAAAGAACAUGCAAAAUUGAACAUUUUUGCCAAAUCUGCUUACACUGAACUGCUGUUUUAUAUAUGCAUGACACUUAUAACUAUGUUUUGAUAUGUCUUAUCAAGGAUAGAAAGUUGAGUGCAAAAAGAAAGCAAUACACUUUCUUACCAUUCCUUUGAUUAUAUGUAGUUACAUUUACGAAUUAUUAUUGUAUAAGAUUAAUGAAAACCUUUUUUUUUUUUUAUAAAGAAAACUGACAAUUAAGGCCUUGUGCAACAUACAAAAUUGGGACCCUAAUUUGUAACUGAACCCUUUUGAGCAACUGGACAAGAGUAAAGUAAUCAGUAUUGAACUUGAAGAUAUGUCUGGAUUUUUUCAUACCGCCUCCCUAUAUAGUGUGUCUGUUAAAUAGAUAAAGUAAUGCCAGCUGUUAAGGAAAAUUGAGCAAUUGCAUAUAGUAUUUCUAUACAACAUGCUGUUCCUUCAUGAACGUAAGAAUUUCCAACUUUUUUGUGGUAAUGAGUUUAGACACAUAUAUUUUCUGAAUUCCCUUACAAAAGAAUUAUUGCAACAGACAUAACAAUGAAUCAUUCCCUCACAGGGACAUUUAAAGCACUAAAAGACAUGCCAAAUUUUACGUGCAUGCACUUUUUAUAUUAAAUUAUGUUUUCAUACUUAAAAUUCACCUUUUUUUUAAGUAAUGUUCAUAGUACAAGUACUUUAAUAUGUUGCUGGAUAAAUACAGAAUCAGAAUUUUUUACUAGUAUCAAUUAUGUGUUGUGCUUUGUUUAUUAGCUUGGUGAUUUAUAUAACGCUCAAGCACUAUUACAUAUGUUGUCUUGUUAUGGAUCCACAGUAAUUAUUUCUUGUCUACAUUAUAUAUUGUAUAUUCUUUAUCACAAUCCAAAUACAUUAUUUUGUGCAAACUCAAAA